AGCAGAGAGAGACAUCCCGAUGACGGUUUUCUUUUAUUGUCUGAUUACUUCAUGAUCAAGAGACAAUCUCCUAGAGCUGAUCCAGAGAGAGUAUUGGCAUGGCAAGAAUCUUUUAGAAGAGAUCUUGAGAUGACAGAUGUAACAUCUGAGUUUGAAAAUGCGGGUGAAGGUGGGGAGCAUGCAAAAUCUGGAUCCCCGGAUGAUGAUGGAUGCAAUACAGUAAUUGCAGAUAACUGUCAGCGCAUAUUUGUUUAUGGUCUAAAGCUUUUAUGGAAUCUCGACAAUAGAGCUGCUGUUUUUUCAUUUGUUGGUGGAUUGACUAAAGCUUUUGAACCUCCAAAACCAUCUCCUUCUCGGCAAUAUACUCAAAUGAAGUUGCUUGAGGAGAAGAGUAAGGUAGUUGAAAACUCGGAGACGUCUCAAGAUGAUCACCAAACGUCUCCUCCUAGUCAAGAAGUCAGUUCAUCACCUCCACAAAAUGCUGGAAUAUCAGAACCACAAUUGCAAAGGUCACCCUCUAAUUCAGUCAAGGUGGAAAGUCCUAAUGCAACAGCAAAACCUAGUAAUAAUGAAGAGUCCGAUGGAGAGGGGAUCCGACAUUUCAUGGUGAAUGUCAUUGAGCCACAAUUCAAUCUUCACUCUGAAGAUGCAAAUGGUAGAUUUUUGCUUGCUGCUGCUAGUGGACGUGUCUUAGCUCGUUCAUUUCAUUCAGUCAUGCAUAUUUGCAGUGAGGAAAUUCAACAGUCUCUUGCCGGAAAUGUUCAAAACUCAGAAUAUCUCUCACAAAUGACAUGGAGCCGCAGAGAGUUUUCCAUGAUGUUAGAGCAUGUGCAGGCUCAUGUUGCUCCAACUGAUGUAGAUCUAGGGGCUGGAAUACAGUGGCUUCCCAAAAUUCGUAAAAACUCACCAAAAGUGAAAAGGACAGGAGCUUUACUAGAACAAGUUUUCAUGCCUUGUGAUAUGUUUUUCCGUUAUACAAGGCAUAAAGCUGGCUCUCCAGACUUGAAGGUGAAGCCCUUGAAAGAGCUUUCUUUCAAUUCGCAGAAUAUAACUGCAACAAUGACAUCUCGCCAAUUUCAAGUUAUGACAGAUGUGUUAACCAAUCUCCUCCUUGCUAGGGCUCCAAAGGCUCGAAAAGUUAAUCUGUCAUAUCAAGUUGAGGAUGAUGAUGUCGAAGAGGAGGCAGAUGAAGUCGUUCCUUAUGGUGUCGAAGAGGUAGAAUUAGCAAGAAUCAACCAUGAACAAGAAGAACGUGCCAUAAUGUUAAUCUUGGAUGACAUAAGGAAAUUGUCUCUUUGCAAUGAUGUGUGUGGAGAGGAAUGCUCAGAGAAGGAUAUGGAACCGUGGAUGGUAACUGGUGGAAGAUCUGUACUGGUGCAAAAACUAAAGGAAGAGCUAGCAAGUGCCAAAAAAUCUAGAAAAGCUGCAUCUGCUUCUCUAAGGACAGCCCUGCAGAAGGCUGCACAGAUACGUUUGAUGGAGAAAGAAAAGAAUAAAAGUCCUUCACAUGCUAUGCGCAUUUAUUUAAGAAUUAAUAAAGUUGCUUGGAGCAUGCUUAUAGAUGGAAGAUCAUUUGCUGAAGCUGAGAUUAACGACAUGAUUUAUGAUUUUGACAGGGAUUACAAAGAUGUUGGUGUUGCAAAGUUCACAAUAAAAUUCUUUGUUAUAAGAAACUGUCUGCCGAAUGCCAAGUGUGACAUGGUUCUUUCAGCCUGGAAUCCUCCUCCUGAAUGGGGAAAAAAAGUUAUGCUACAUGUAGAUGCAAAACAGGGGCCUCCAAAAGAUGGACACUCUCCUAUUGAACUACUUCAGGUAGAGAUUUACCCCUUGAAGAUUCAUUUGGCUGAGACAAUGUACAGAAUGAUGUGGGAGUACCUUUUUCCAGAAGAAGAACAAGACUCCCAUCAACGGCAGGAAGUAUGGAAAGUUUCGACUACCGCUGGUUUAAAGCGUGGAAAGAAAGGUUCGUCUGCAAAUGAAGCUACGAGUCCCUUGACUAAAGACUCUCAGAGCUCCUCCAAAUCAAGCAUGUUCACCUUACCACAUUCUUCUUUUACAGAUUCCUCAGAUGCAACCAAGUUACGAAGGACUGCAUCCUUUGACAGAACAUGGGAGGAAAAUGUUGCUGAAUCAGUUGCUAAUGAACUUGUAUUGAAAGUUCAAUCAUCGAGUGUCUCUUCAUCAAAGACCAGUUUGGAGCUGCAAGACGACACAGCUAAAAAUAAACCAAAAGACUCCAAUAAAAUUGUUAAAUCUGCGCGAUCCAGUCAGGAAGAGAAAAAGGCAGUAAAAGCAAAUGAUGAAAAAAGGCCUCGAAGAAUGAGAGAGUUCCACAAUAUUAAGAUUAGUCAGGUAGAGCUCUCGGUGACAUAUGAAGGAUCCAGAUUUGCUGUAAGUGAUUUAAGAUUGCUGAUGGAUACAUUUCAUUGUGUUGAAUUUACCGGAACCUGGGGGAGGCUAUUCUCGCGAGUUAAGAAACACAUCAUAUGGGGAGUAUUAAAAUCGGUCACUGGAAUGCAGAUUAAGAAGUUCAAAAUAGGCAAAGACCAUAGCCAAAAAGACAGCAGUGGCAAUGUUCCCAACAUAGAUCUCAACCACAGUGAUGGGGAAGGAGGUUCAACCGGGACAUCCGAACAGCACCCACUAUCAUGGCCUAAGCGCCCCAGUGACGGGGCAGGUGAUGGGUUUGUCACUUCGGUGAAGGGCCUUUUUAGUUCUCAUCGCCGCAAGGCAAAAAACUUUGUGCUUAGGACAAUGAGAGGGGAUGCAGAGAAUGAUUUACAUGGUGGAGAGUGGAGUGAGAGUGAAGCAGAGUUCUCUCCUAUUGCCAGGCAACUCUCUGGUUCAAAAGCUCGGAGAUUGAUCAGGCGGCACACCAAGAAGUUUAACCCUAAACUGCAAAAAGGUUUAUCUUCUGCGGAUGGAGAAUCAAUUCCCUCAUCCCCUCAGGAUGCAAUGUAUGACAGUGAUGCUUCGAGUGAGUCCUCGCCAAACGAGGACUACUGUGAAUAGAUAUGUUAGAAGCACGCCAUUGAUGAGUCAGUGCAUGGAACCAAACAGAGGGCAUUCAUACUAUGCCAAGGGCUUAUAUAUAUAAAUGGUGGGGGUUGGUCCAAUCUUCAUUAUUUUCCAUUUCUAGUUUCUAUAUGUAGUGGUCAGGAUCCCUUAAAAUUUUGGUACAUAGGUGGAAUCGUACUAGAGGCAAACAUUUGGACAUUAAAAAGUGUCCUUAAUUUUUGUUAGGCAACUUAGCAAGCGAAGAUAAAGGAUGGGGGGAAAUCAUCACCUCUUUAUUCCUUUAUAGUUUAUACUCCACUAAAGGGCUCAAUUAUCU